CGGAUUCUAGUUCCACAAGCGGAAAGAUUUCAAGUGGCUGCUGGAGAUUUAUUUGCCUGUUAAAUGUAGUCGGCUAAAGUCAACUGAAUUCAGGGUGUUAAUGUAAAACGUUUUUGCGUCAAACAGUGUGAGCAUAAAGGCUCUUGUAUUUCACUUUGUAAUGUGUUAAACUGUUGCAUAUACUUGCUAGACUAUUGCUGGCACUUGCAACACUUCCAGCAGGGAGUAAUACCAUCACUGCAGACUUUCUCUGUCCUUCGUUGUGUCCACAUGUUGUUUAUUUUGUUGUCUGGCCUAGCACGGCUUUCAGGUGAAUGUUACAUCACUGCCAUCUGGAAAUUAUUUUCCCAAAGAAAGAAAGAAUCUAUGUGAUGUUCACUAGGAGUUUAGACGUUUAGCAGCUCUGACUGGCCUCCAUCCAGAUCUCAUUACCUGGCCGGUUUCAUCACUUUUUAAAAAAUAGAAUCCCAUAAAAGGUUGACAGAGGGAAACAGAGACACAGAGAGAGGGAGAAAGUUAGUGAUUGAAGAAGGCUGGGGAGGGGAGCAUUUCCAGUAAUCAUCAUGAAGGCGGCGUUGUCCUUCCCUUCCUGUUUUCUCUCGUGUCUCAGACACAGUCCAGGUGACAUGAACAGUGAACACGGUGGAUCUGCUCUGUCGUUGCAGACACAGGGACAUCACUCUGCUUCAUCCAAGCCUCAAAGUCUCUUUAGGAUGUCUGAGGGAGACGUUACAGUGCUGCCAUUUGGGCCUGCAUCUCUGGAUCUGUCCAGGCAGGAGAACCGGACACUGACCAGACUGUACAGCCAGAACGGAGGAUAUCACCUGAGGAUUUUACCAGAUGGAACUGUGAGUGGAGGCAGGCAGGAAAAUGACCCUUAUGACGUGCUGAGGCUGAAAGCUGUGAGCGUAGGAGUGGUGGUCAUCAAGGGUGAGAUGACAGGAAGGUACCUGGCUAUGAACAAAAAUGGACGUCUCUAUGGAUCACAAGCACUGAGCGAUGAGUGUUACUUCCUGGAGAAGUAUGAAGAAAACCACUACAACACAUAUUGCUCUCAGAAGUACAACUGGUAUGUUGGGCUGAAGAGGAAUGGCCAACCCAAAGCAGGACCAGACACCCACCACGGUCAGAAGGCCAUCUUUUUUCUGCCAAGGCCUGCAGGCAACAUGUAAUGCAAGACGGCACCAGGAACCAUGGACACGCUCACUGAAGUCUUUAAAUGCACAGUAAAAGUGCAAUAUUACGCUGGGCAAAGUAUCCUAUUGAAAGGUCACUUAAAAUCAGUACAAAAGCCCGGGGUAAACGCAUAAUACUAUUCUGACAGUUAGUUCAAGCCCUAUUUUCAUGUUAAUAACCUAAAUGUUUGUUUAUUCCCCUACUUUAUGCAGGGAAUAUGCGAUUGAGCAAAGCAGCUUAUACUGUAUAUGAUCAUGAGUGCUUUCUCGGUACAAGCACAUACACAGCUUAUCACUGCAGACAAAAAAUGUGUGCGGUAUCAGUGCAUGUCAGUCUUGAUAAAUGGGUGUUCACUUUGAACCCUGGUAUGAAAUACCACUGCUGGAAGACAGCUUUUACACAGAAAUAGUUUUAUAAUUGAUCAUGUCUGGCACAAAGGAAACCAACAAGGCAGUAAAAAUAAGAAAGCAGACCGUCUGGUGUUGAAUUCAAACGCAAGCAAACAAAGUCUACAGCAAAGGGAAUAAUAGUGUAUUUAUAUAAUUAUUUCAGUGCAUUGCCCAACUGUACUUCAGUAGGGUGGAUGUUUGCUGACUUCUGAAUGACUGACAAUCUUACAAGUAACUACUUUUAAUCUGCUAAAGUCUGUUUGAAGCCUGUUUCUGUAACCAUUUGUGUUCUAUGUGGAAGGUCAACAGACAAAUUCUGCCCCCAAAAAAAGGUUUCAAAACGUUUCAAGAUCAUUGGACAAAGUUAAUCUGACAAAAUCUAAAUCAGGCUUUUGAAAACAGCACCCUUGUUUAUGGUCAAGGUCAAGGUAAAUUUUUAUAUAUAUAUUUAUAUAUACACACAGUAUAUGUACAUUUAAAACAAACACAGUUGACCAAAGUACUGAACAAGAUUAAAAUGCCAAAUAAACCUAAAAAAAACUCCAAAUAUCAAUUCAUUUAUAACAAUAAACAUAAUAGGUAUGACAGCAUUAGUUGUGUCAACAGAACAUUUGUAUGUUUGUAUAAUUAAAUCAUAUUAUUGUAGGCUGUUGUUAUCAUGUGCCCAGGUCAGCUGAAAGUCUUUAAGGCAGAUGUGAAAAUGUUCUUUCAGUAAUCAGUGAAGUUAUUAUUGAGUUGAAAAUGAAGAACCAGAGAAGGUUUAACAUCUUGGUUACACCAAACAUGCAUUGAAAAAGUAAAAAAGGGCUCAGCUUCACAGCCACACCAAUCUUUCUCUACACCUAUGACUACAACACAUGUUACUGUAACUUUAAAUUACUAUUGUGAAUAUUUAUUUUUAAAGAUUUAUUGCUAAUAAAAUGUAACAACUGAUCAUUGUAAUGGAUGUCUUCAAAAUAAUAAUUUAUACAUACAUAGUGAUGGAGGAAAAAGGUAAUGUGAUAGACCUUUUCACAAAGUAAUACAUAUUGUAUUAGUGUUUUUAAAUGUAUAAAUACUGUCUGAAUUAUUAUCCAUAAAAAAUUAUUGUAUGUUUUAUUUACUGUACUAUGACUGUUACUAUGAUUAGUGUUCUUCCUAAAACAAAUGUAUAUAAAAGUUUAUAUCUGUACAUACAUGAUUAAAGGAACAUGUUAUGUGUCAAUACAUCUGUUGCUAAUCAGCUUGCUGCAUGUGUAUUCGUGUUUGUGGCAUUGCUUAUGAACAUCUGUGUUUUUAUUAAUAAAUUACACUCUUACAGGUGUUUACCAGA